CCCGGUAAACCCACAAGAACCGGUUCAAUGUUUAGCAGUUAAUCGAUUAAGCAACUGGUUCCAAUAACAAUCAGACAGGCCAGUGCGGAAGUGAAAGUAGACUGAAACAUUUCUUCAACAAAUGAAAUAUUUGUCAAAACAAUUAUCAUGUCUUGGAAAUUCAAGGUGUCAAAAUACAAAAAUGCUGCACCACGAUUUCCGAAAAAAGAGGAAAGCAUUGCAGAUCUUCCAAAUGGACUGCUCAUGCAAACCUGUGGUAACCACAUUACUGCCAGCUCCAAGUUCAUUGCCUUUGACAACGGGGGUGGUACACUGGGAGUUUUACCGCUGGGUUUCACAGGAAGGGUAAAGACCAGUCUUCCCAUACUGAAAGCACAUGCAGAUUAUGUGACGGAUUUGAAGUUCAGCCCAUUUGCUUCUGAUGUUAUUUCUACAUGCGCUGCUGAUGCCACAGUAAAGGUAUGGAAGUUACCAGAUGCAGAGAGGCUGUCGGAGGACUUAAAUACAGCUGUACCAGUUUGCUGUCUACCAGCUUGGGACCGGCGUGUAGAGACCCUCGAAUGGAAUCCCGUUGCAGAACAUGUCAUCUCUGUGGCAUGUGGUCCCAAUAUCAAGGUGUAUGACAUCACGAACGAGGCAGCAGAAAUUUCUGAUAUUCCUGGCCAUGGGGAUCAGGUUCUGAGUGUUUGCUGGCGCUCAAAUGGUAUCACCAUGGUGACCUCAUGCAAGGACAAACUGGUCAGAGUCCUUGACCCCAGGUCAUGCAGUGCCGUGCAGGAGGUGGUUGGGCAUGAGAACAACAAGGACUGCAGGGUCCAGUGGAUGGGAGACACAGACCUUGUCCUCACUACAGGCUUCUCCAAGAAUCGAGAAAGGGAAAUCAAGCUUUGGGACACUAGGAACUUUUCAAGUGCUCUUAAAACAGAUAUUGUUGACUCAAAUAAUGGAGUUCUGAUGCCACUGUAUGAUGAAGAUACAAACAUGCUGCUAGCGAUUGGGAAGGCAGACACCAGUUGGUCCUACUAUGAAGUGUCUACUGCAGACCCGUAUCUUACAAGAAAUGCUGUUGAGCGAACAGAACGCAGUGAGCAGAUCCGUGGUGCAUGUCUGGUGCCGAAACUCGCGAUGAACGUAAUGGAGGGAGAAGUGGAUAGACUGAUGCUUCUCAUGCAGAACUCAAUUGUACCACUCCCGUACAUUGUACCACGCAAAGAUUACCGGCAGUUCCAUGCAGACCUGUUCCCUGAUACCAAAUGUGAGGAGCCUGCUUUAUCAGCCCAGCAGUGGGCAGCUGGAGAGAAUGGCAAGGUUUCUCUGACAAGUUUGGAUCCGAGUAAACGGUCUUUGAAACCACAAUCACAGAAACCCAAAGACAAGGAAAUAAGCCAAACAAAGAGGCAACAAAAAAUGAACAGCCCCUCAGUAUCACAGUCAACAGCAUCUACUAGGUCACAGGUAACCAAGGCAACUGGUGCUUCUAAGGAGACCGCAAAACCUGCAGUUGUUGCUCCAACAGAACCGAGCAAGGCGGCCAAGACAUUUGCUGCCAUGCAUAUGUCCAAAUGCAAGUACCUGAAAGGAGUGACGGAACACGUGAGCAAGCAUAUUGUGAACGUUCGCAACCUGUGUCGCACUUUGCCGGGUCAGAGCGACCUGUUUGCAGGCAACGGGACGCGGUGUGCGUUACCCAUUGAAGGGCCUGGCGGGAGAGUGGCAGUGCUAGAGUUGAACCAACCUGGCCGUCUACCAGAUACUGGGGUUCCCGUGUUGCAGAAUGGCAGCAAAGUGAAUGAUUUUGUCUUUGAUCCAUUUGAUGACUCAAGGCUGCUUGUUGGCUGUGACAAUGCCAAGGUAUACAUAUGGAAGAUCCCUGACACUGGGUUGACAGAGACGCUGGAUGACUAUGAGUCCUAUCUGAUGAGUCACACAGAGAAGAUCUACUUCGUCCGAUUUCACCCACUGGCCAAGAAUGUGGUGGUGACUGGAGCCUAUGACAUGAAGUUGAAAAUCUGGGACCUCACAGACAAUACUGAGCAGCUAGAAGUCACAUGUCACACAGAUGAGAUAUUUUGUGCAGAAUGGAGUCCUGAUGGACGUUACCUAGCUACAGUUUGUAAAGAUGGUCGUGUGAGAAUCAUAGACCCCCGAAAACAGUCAGUUCGGGAAGGCAAGGGGCCAGAAGGGAGCCGAGGUGCAAGGGUCAUCUGGGCUGUAGACAUGACAUAUCUCGUUGUCUCAGGUUUUGACAGGGACAGUCGUCGGCAGCUGCUGGUAUACUCCGUGGGCAAGCUGGGAAACCCUCUGUAUGAGGAGACCCUCGAUGUAUCCCCAAGCAUACUUGUACCACACUAUGAUGAGGGAACCAGGACUGUCUUCCUCACAGGCAGGGGAGAUGCUAGCAUCAUCACGUACGAGGUAUCAGAGGAGUACCCACACCUGUUUGCAUUGACACCUGUGAAGCCAGAGGGCGCGCACCAGGGCAUCUACUUCCUGCCUGUGACCUCCUGCAGUGUGCGUGACGUGGAGAUUGCACGGGCCUGGAGGCUAACACAGAGCUCUGUGGAGCCAAUGUCCUUCACUGUACCCAGGGUCAAGACAAUCUACUUCCAAGACGACUUAUUUCCUGAUACCAUUCCACCAAGUGUGCCGUCAAUGACUAGCCAGGAAUGGUUCCGAGGGGAAAACAAGAUGAAUAAGAAAAUAUCCCUCAGACCAAAGGACAUGAGACCUUUGAGUGAGGCCCUGAGGGCCCCCAAGGCCAGGAAGUAUGACAGCUACAAUCCCGACACAUACAAGACUGAUGAGCAGAAGAAAGAAGAGCUGAUCAGUGCAAUGACAAACAAGCUGGACAUCAAAGCAGAGCCUUUACCCCAGGAUGAUGCUGAGGGUGUGGACUCGGAUGAAUGGGGCGAUGAUUAAAGAAGGCAGCUAAUAGUCUCCAACAUUCCAUGUGUGCAAUAUCUCAGCGAUAUGUGUGCUUUAUUUUAUUGUAAAUCUAAAUAGGCCUGCUCAAUGAACAUGCAUUUAACCCCCUUUUCACAGAGAACGGCCAUCAACAUAAAGGUUAAUAUGAUUUGUCAUAUAAUUACAACACUGUGAUAUAUGAUGAUGAAGAUGAUGAUAAUGAAGACGGUAGAACU